AUGGUCGAAAGGUUAAAAAAAAGAUUCGACAACGAUUAUGCUACCAGUUGUAGCGUACACCUUGAACGUCAUGAAUACGAGCGAUCUCAGCGUAGCUUGCUCAGCAGCGAUGUUCAAGAUGGACGGCACCGAGUCUACCUCGCACUUGGAAGCAAUCUAGGCAAUCGCGUCGAGAUGAUCGAGUCGGCCGUCCGACAGAUGAGUGAUCGAGGGAUCACUGUACUUCGAACGAGUGCUCUAUAUGAAACCAAACCAAUGUAUUUAGAGAACCAGCAAUCAUUCAUCAACGGUGCUUGCGAGAUUGAAACAUCGCUAAGCCCAUUGGGGUUACUAGACCAACUAAAGCUGAUCGAACAUGAUCUUGGAAGAGUGAAAACUGUAGAGAAUGGACCUCGGACCAUCGACUUGGAUAUUUUGCUGUACGACGAAGAGCGGGUGGAGAACUUACGUCUCUCUAUACCCCAUAAGAGAAUGCUUGAACGUGAAUUUGUUCUUCGGCCUCUAUGCGAUCUCAUACCCAAUUCCAUUCCACCUACGCCUGAUUCGAUCGCUACAUAUCAAGAUAUCCUCGAACAACUGCCCGAAUCUACAGAUCCGCUAUCAGCUAUGACCCCACUGUCAGAUUAUCUCCCUCCGAUACGAAAUCAAUCCCCGACACGGCCCACCCAUCUUAUGGCCAUAUUGAAUCUGACCCCUGACUCCUUCUCUGAUGGCGGUCUCCACUCAACCGCAGAUCCUAUACCACUCUUGGAUACUCUGCGUUCCUACACAAACCAACGGCAUCCUGUCACCAUCCUCGAUGUUGGUGGUCAGUCGACUCGCCCCCAUGCCCCUCAAAUAUCCCCGGACGAAGAACUCUCCCGGAUCCUGCCCACCAUCGAAGCAAUUCGCUCCGACCCUUCCUUCCAAACGAUGGCAAUCUCCAUAGACACCUACCGCGCGUCCGUGGCGGCUGAAGCAAUCAAGGCAGGUGCGGAUAUCAUCAAUGACGUCUCAUCUGGCCAGCUAGACCCAGAAAUGCUGCCUACAAUAGCAAAGCUUGGCUGCACAUGCAUCUUAAUGCACAUGCGCGGCACCCCUGAGACAAUGAACACCUUGAUUUCUUACCCGGACGGCGUGAUUAACGGAGUCGGUAACGAACUUCUGGAGCGUGUCCGCGACGCCGAGAAAGCGGGUAUCCGCCGAUGGCGCAUAAUGCUUGAUCCUGGAAUAGGCUUCGCGAAGACGCAAGCCCAGAGUUUGGAGCUGCUCCGCAGAUUUUCAGAACUGAGAGACUUUGAAGGCCUCAGGGGCUUCCCUUGGGUUGUUGGUGCCAGCAGGAAAGGGUUUAUUGGGAAGAUCACUGGGGUGCAGGAUGCAAAGGAGAGAAAAUGGGGCACCGCAACGACUGUCGCCGCGGCGAUACAAGGAGGAGCUGACAUCGUGCGGGUACACGAUGUGAGUGAGAUGGGGCAGGUGGUGGCGAUGGCGGAUGCCAUUUGGAGGGUCUGA